AUGCUGUCAGAAGGUUACCUGUACCGGAUCACCUACCUCUGCGACGACCACCUCAGCUCUGAGCUCUACAGAGAGGCUGCAGCAGAGGAGGUGGCAUGUGAGAUGAGACCCGUGCGUGGCAACUGCUCUUCUGUGGACGAAACACAAGGAAAAAGUCUCUCUCUGAGAUGCAGAUCUGCGGGCAAAUGUGCUUCCUCAGUCCGCUAUAAAAGCAGCCAACACACCGGUAAGCAGCAGGAUGAUCCCCCGCAGCCCACCCAGCAGACACUUCCAGCUGCGGAUGCCUGCGAAGGGCUGACGAGAAAAGACGCCUACCUGGUUCGACCUUCCUGUAAAAGCAUCUGUAAGAACUACAAUGAUUUGCACAUAGCUGGGGACUACGUAAUGCCCAUCAGCUCUGUGGCAACAGAUUUUACCUGCGACAGCGGGAUAGGUCCCUUCUUGGAGUCCUCAGAGAUUCCGCCACCCCUGGAGUCGGUGAGGACUCCCCCCAGCAACGUGAGCCGCAAACCAGCCCAGGGCUACUCCGCAUGCUGGCGGGCGGCAAGUUUGGUGCCGCACCACCAGCCCCUCUCUGACGCAGCCCUGAAUGACUACCUGGAGCAGAAGCUGCUGGAGCUCUAUAAGCAGUAUAUCAUGGACAGCACAGCGAGCAGGGCCUCCCCCACCCGGAUCCUGGCCUCCGAGCUCAUCAUGACCAACGUGGAUCAAAUCAGCGUGCAGAUAUCACGAGAGAGGAACAUGGAGACCACCAAGGCCAAAGACAUUGUCAUCAGCCGCUUCCUACAAAUAGCCAGCGAAAAAAUAUCCUCAGAAAUUAGCACACCUAGUCUGCAUAUUUCCGAGUAUAGCAACACUAAUUCAUAA